AUGCCAGAACACGAAAAAACCAAGAAGUUUUUGAUCGAUUUGGCUUCCGGAGGAGGUGCGGCGGCGGUUUCGAAAACAGCAAUGGCUCCAAUCGAAAGGGUCAAAUUAUUGUUACAGGUAAGUUUUGAGGUCAUUUUUUAUUUUCUAAUUGACUUUUAUAACAAUUUUUUAUUAAAGUUAACCGAUUUUUACAAUUAUAAUUUCAACUUUUUGUCCAAAAAUCUUACAUGAUGACUUUUCGGAACUGGGACAAUUGGGGAACCGAAAACUAACAUUUUCUUUGAUGCAAGUGUCGAAAUUAGGAUAAUCCAGGGUGUUGAUUUCGAAAAUGACAUUCAUUUUUUUACUUUUUUCCUUAAGUAGUACUGUAAAGUCGUAAUUUUUUGAAUUUAUUUAUAAAUACUCGAUUUAGGGGUUUUCGAUGGUGCGUCGAAAAUUUUAUUCAUUCUUUCUAAUUUGAAAGCACCAUCGAAAACCCCCAAAUCGAGUAUUUGCGCAAAAAUUCAAAAAAUUACUACUUUACAGUACUACUUAAGAAAAAAAACUGUCAAAAAUGAAUGUCAAUUUCGAAAUCAGCACAAUCGAAACCCCCUAAAUCGAGUAUUUUUGAAAAAAAAUCAUCGAUUAUCCUAUUAUAAUUUCGACACUUGCAUCGAAGAAAAAGAAUACUUUUCGGUUUCCCCAAUCUUCUUUUUCCCCAAUCGUCCAACUCCAUGACUUUUCGAACUUUUUUCCCCAGAAAAAGUUUUCUUUUUAGAAAGAUAAAUCAGAAAGCAAGUCGAUUCGGUGAUGAAAAGUCCCGUAUUUUACCCGAUUUCUCCAUUUUCAGUCCCAGCACGCCUCCACGACGAUCACAGUUGACAAACGUUACAAGGGAAUCACCGAUAUUCUGGUCCGCGUCCCCAAAGAACAGGGUCUCACGGCGUUGUGGCGGGGAAACAUGGCCAAUGUUCUUCGAUAUUUCCCAACGCAAGCCCUCAACUUUGCCUUCAAAGACACGUAUAAGAGAGUAUUUCUACACGGAGUCGACAAGGACAAGCAAUUUUGGCGAUUUUUUGCCGGAAAUUUGGCCAGUGGCGGCGUUGCCGGCGCCACUUCAUUAUGCUUCGUAUAUCCGUUGGAUUUUGCGCGAACACGGCUGGCGACGGACAUUGGGAAGGGAGCGACAAGAGAGUUCAAAGGAAUGGGCGAUUGUCUGAUGAGGGUGGCAAAGUCCGAUGGAAUUGUUGGCCUUUAUAGGUAAGGAGAAGAUGAUUUUUACCGCAUUGUAAAAAAAUCCAAAAUUUUUUUGAAAAUAAAUUUAAUAAAAGUUCAGAAUAAAAAUUUUUUUAAAAAUUCUUCAGAGUAAAAAAAUGGCCUAUUAAAUGCGUUAUAGAACCAGAUUACUUCUGGAUUUUAUUAUAGUUGCAGACAUAUAAAUUUUUGACCAUUUUUUUUAUUUGAAUCUUAUUUUAGGCAAAAAGUUUGCAAAAAUCAAAAAAAAAAUUGUCGUUAGUUUAAUACUCCAUCUCAAAAAUAUUGCUACUGACCUGCAACCUUAUUUUCAGAGGCUUCAUCAUCUCCGUUCAAGGAAUUUUCAUCUACCGAGCCAGUUAUUUCGGCCUCUACGACACAAUCAAGCCAAUGUUUAUGCCUGGCGGGAAACAAGUCAACUUCUUUGUGGCCUGGGGGAUCGCGCAAGUUGUGACAGUGACCUCCGGAUUCCUCGCCUACCCUUUCGACACGGUGCGGCGACGAAUGAUGAUGCAAUCGGGCAGAAAGGACGUCAUGUACAAGAACACAUUGGACUGCAUUCGAAAAAUGUACAAAACCGAGGGGCCUCGGGCCUUUUUCCACGGCACCUUGUCCAAUAUUUAUCGAGGAACUGGUGCAGCGUUGGUGUUGGCGUUGUAUGAUGAGAUCCACAAGUAUUUGUAA